AUAAAUUAAUGAAAGCAUAUUUUGUUUCAUACAAUUUUGUGAAAUUACUUUUUAUUGUAUCCUCGAUAUUACUCUGCUACGUACCAGCUAACCACAGUUAACUCAACUCAAGCGAUACAAGACAGCGCUGAGUUAAGUUGUCAUGAAUCAUGCGGAUUACAGAUGGUCAUGUCUACAAAAUUUUCGGUCCUAGUAAAACUAACUCGAACUUGAGUUAUCGUAAACACCCAGGGACUCUACAAAAAAGUUACUCGUGUUGUCAUCUAGUGUCAGAUUUUGGUCGUAAGUAGUUCAAUCCCUGUAGAAGUUUGUUUCUUUAAUAUACGGUAAACGUUGUAAAGAUUAAUCAUGCUAAGAAUACUUUGCCACUCGAAUGGCUUGUCACUACUCGUUAAGAGGACCACGAAGAUCGUCUGUAUACCAAGUAUAAGAAAUCUAAAUUUGUUGGAGUAUCAGAGCAAGGAGCUUUUGCGAGACUCCGGUGUAUCGGUGCAAAAUUUUGCCAUUGUCGACGACUUGAGCAAAACAAAUUCUGCUUUGGAAAAAUUACAUGCAAAUGAAUAUGUUAUUAAAGCUCAAAUCUUAGCUGGAGGUCGUGGUAAAGGCUGGUUUGAUACUGGAUUUAAAGGUGGUGUGCAUCUUACUAAAGACCGUAACACAGUUAUAAAUUAUGUGAAGAACAUGUUAGGUCAUAAGCUUAUUACUAAACAAACUUCAAAAGAUGGUAUACUAGUGCAGAAGAUUAUGAUUGCUGAGUCAGUAGAUAUUGCACGUGAGACUUAUGUUUGUAUUCUUAUGGAUCAGCAGCACAAUGGUCCAGUGUUAAUAGCUUCUCCAGCAGGAGGAAUGGAUAUUGAGACAAUUGCGGAAAAAACUCCCGAACAAGUCAAAAUUGUUCCAUUGGAUAUUUAUCAUGGAAUUGAUGACAAAAUAGGAAAGGAUGUGUGUACUUUCUUGGGAUUUACUAAUCCAGAUAUUCUUGAGAAGGCUGUAUAUGAGGUGAAAAAUUUGUGGAAGCUGUUUGUGGACAUUGAUGCUUUACAAGUUGAAAUUAAUCCUCUGGUAGAAACUACAGACAAACAAGUUAUAGCAGUAGAUGCAAAAAUUGCGUUUGAUGAUAAUGCCCAAUUUAGACAGCAAGAUUUGUUUGCUUUAGAAGACGUUAGUGAAAGAGACCCUAGAGAAGUGGAAGCGACACGAUUUAAUUUAAAUUAUAUUGCUAUGGAUGGCAACAUAGGAUGCUUAGUAAAUGGAGCUGGUUUAGCCAUGGCUACAAUGGAUAUUAUUAAAUUAAAUGGUGGUUUGCCAGCCAAUUUUUUAGAUGUUGGUGGUAAUGUGAAAGAAGACCAGGUCUUUCAGGCAUUUAGAAUUCUUAACGAAGAUCCAAAAGUCAAAGUUAUUCUUGUUAAUGUAUUUGGAGGUAUUGUAAAUUGCUCAAUGAUAGCCAAAGGAAUUGUCACAGCAUCACAAAAUUUAGGACUUAAAAUACCGCUUAUUGUAAGACUAGAAGGCACUAAUAUGACAGAGGCUAAGAAACUUUUAGAUGAAUCCGGAUUGUCUAUUCUUAUAGCGAGUGAUUUGGAUGAAGCAGCAAAAAAGGCAGUAGCCUCUGUAAAGGUUUAAGUAAUCAAUAUGAUAAUAUACUGUCGACUUAUCUUGUACAAGACUGGAAUUUGGGGAUUUGUAUGUAAGGGAACACUCAAAGCUCAUGUCACAUCAACACAGGAUAAAGAAACAUUCUUUACACUGACUUUUUUUAUAAGAAUAUAAAAAAUUUUAUACCUUUAUACUUGCUUUUUUUGCGGUAGUAUUUGGAACAGUCACAUACGGUUAUAUAUCUAUCCAAAAUACUAAUAUAUAAGUAAUAUAUUGUUGAAGUUUCAUGUUUUCGAAGAUUAUUUUAUUUGUUACAGUUGUAGAAAAAUGUGCUAUAAUGUUACUAUUUCAAAGUAAUCAAAUGUGCAUUAAAAAUUUGUAGAAACACACAUACAUGCGAUAUAUCUAACUUGUAACAUAUUCAAAAAUCUAUUUUUAUACAUUUAUUUAAUAUAACAUAAGAAUUACAGAAAUGAUAUUCUCCAUAAAUUUAAGUUUCUGAUUUCAUUUAUUUUUUAUUAUAAUUCCGUACAAAUAAAUGUCGGUUGGUUUUCUUUUUAUUGAAUCAUAUGUGAGGUGUAUACAGAAUAUAAUUAUGUUUUGUUCAUUUUUAUUACUAUAAAAAAAAUAAAAUAAAAUAAGUGUGUUAGUUGAAACUAACGGCAAUUUUAACUGUUUUGCAUUACAUGCAUAUCC